GGUGUUCCCAUCAAGUGGAUUAGUAGCGAAUGAGUUGGUAUACAGGGUACGGUAAUUUAUCUUUUGCAGUGGGCUGUAGUUUAUCAUUUAACUACUUAUUCGAGUAAAGGAUGCAUUAAUCUAUACCGUCAUAAACCGUAUUCACAGCUGAGCAUGCUGCUUGGAAUAAGGUAAGAUGGACCCAGAGGAGCAGGGGCUACUGAACGAUUAUAGGUACCGAAACUAUGCCUCUGUGAUUGAGAAAGCUUUGAGAAACUUUGAAUCCUCAAGUGAGUGGGCUGAUCUCAUUUCCUCGCUAGGUAAACUGAACAGGGCUCUUCAGAGUAACUUGAAAUACAAUCUAUUACCCAAGCGUCUGAUUAUCUGCAAGAGGUUAGCCCAGUGUUUACAUCCAGCUCUUCCCAGCGGAGUGCAUUUAAAAGCUUUAGAGACUUAUGAAAUAAUAUUCAAAAUCAUUGGAACAAAAUGGCUUGCCAAGGACUUGUUCCUGUACAGUGCUGGUCUGUUUCCUCUGCUAGCCAAUGCUUCCAUGUCCAUCAAGCCAACACUUCUUUCUCUCUACGAGGUUUACUACCUUCCACUGCAGAAAGCACUUCUGCCAAGUCUACAAGCCUUUGUAACAGGACUGCUGCCUGGCCUUGAAGAAGGUUCAGAAAUUUAUGACAGAACUGAUGUGCUCCUUCAAAAGCUUGCACUGGUAGUAGGGCAGGAGGUAAUGUACGGUGCCCUUUGGGGCAGUGUUUUAGUCAGCCCAUCUGUAAGACUUCCUGCAUCCCUUUUUGUCGUUAACCAUAUAAGCAAAGACUUGCCAGGAAAGGCACAGAAGCAAAUGCUUGGAAAUGAUACCAAACUCUCAAUCAAAUCUUUGUGUGCUGCAGUUAUGGACACCAAUGUUCUUGUGCAGAGGAACAUUCUAGAAAUUCUUCUUUUCUUUUUUCCACUUUACUCCUGCUUGGAUGCCGACAAGAGUGCCAUUGUGAUAUCCAGAUCUGAAAUGAUAGACAUUCUUUCAGCUGCUUCACAGACACUUCUAAGAAGAGACAUGUCACUGAACAGGAGACUAUACGCUUGGUUGUUAGGUACAGACAGUAAGGGAAGCAUUCUUGCUCCAGAUUCCACAGACUUGACAACAGAUCAGGACCACACAAUGUAUUAUUAUAAUAAAUAUUCCAAGGAUCUGUUAAAUGAGGCAUUAGUGAAGCUGUUUCACCAUCGUAGCCCAGAAGUUGACCCAGAACAAGGGCCACUUGCACAACUAAAGCCAUUCCGAUUACUGAUCUGCUUGCUUGACAAGCCUGAGAUAGGUCCUCAAGUUGUUGGUGAUUUGCUUUUGGAAGUGCUACGAACAUGUUUCUCCCACUGUAAAGAUGCUAUGGGUUCUGAUAUGCAGUUGAGCCUCAGUCAGAGUGGAGGUCUUCUUAACAGCAAAAUCAAAGAAAACAAGAAUGCCUCUGAAAUUAUCAAAACUGCAAAUGUGCUGAUCAGUUCCUUAAGCACAGAAUACCUGUGGGAUUAUAUGACAAGAUGUUUUGAAGAUUGUCUUAGGGGCAAGUUGCAACACAGGGGGUCCAGUGGUGUGAAAAAUGUGUGUAAUCCGCCAGAAAUUUCUGAGCUCUGCAAUUUGCAGUUGUUCCUACUGGAAGUUGUUCCUCUAGAGCUUUAUUCAGAGAUCCAGAGUCAGUAUCUUCCCCAGAUGCUGAGCCACAUGGUGCAGUGCCUUUUAGAAAACAUGGAUACUCUAACUCUGACAGAGCUCACACUUGCUCUGAAGACGUGUUUCAAAGUACUCAACAAAAUUCAAAUGCCAGCUGCCUACAUUGAUGCAGAACCAGGAAUGGAAAGUGCAGUGGAUAUUUCUGAGAGUCCAGUGAAGGACAAUAUUGAGACAGCAACUGAAACUGACCCUGAUGUAACUGGUGAUGGAGAAACUACAUUCCCUCCUCUCAAGUCUGAAGAUAGUGGGAUAGGGCUGAGUGCAUCUUCUCCAGAACUUUCUCAGACCUUUGGUAUACCAAGAGUUUCUCCUGAAAAUGGUAAUAUCUGGAAGUGCAAUGGCAGUAUGCAGAUAACAGUACAGUACAUUCAGGAAAUGCUUGCAAACUUUGCCACUAGGAGAAUAUUUGGCAUGCAUUUACAGACCCAUACAGAGAGUGGUUCACUUCUGAGCAGAAGUAAAGAGGAAAAGAGGGGUUUUAGCAUUGAUGAUAUCAUUGGUGUUGAAAACUUGAAAAGCAAAAAGAAAACAUGGGAUGGAAAGCAAAUUAGUGUGCCUCAGUUUAAGCAGAUGCUAUCAGACUUGUUUACAAUUCGUGGUUUACCUAAACAGGCAAGGGAGACCGCCACAUUUAUAAGUGAAACUAAUGGGAAAAAAAUGAAAGGUGAAGAUGAAUGGGGCAUUGAUCAAGUGCUUCUGGAGCUUGAAAUAACAGAAGACUGUAGAGAAGCAUUUGCAGCAAUCUGUCACUUUUUACUUGAAUGCGCAAUGUUACCAGUCUACCUCUCCAAAGAAGAGACAGAGAAUUUGUACUCCUCUGUAUUUCAGGAAUUAGGUGCUGACAAUGAUUCCUGCUUCCCCGUAUGGCUUAAAUCUUUGAUGACACUGUGCUGCUGUGUGAAUGACUGCUACAUACAGAACGUAUCCAUUUCCACCUUGUUAGAACUUGUCAAUCACUCCCAGUCACUGUCCCUCGUCAUUGAAGACAGGAUGAAGAGAUACAAAAAUGUGGGGAGUAACCCUUUCCUUGGCAAGUUGCAGAUGAUCACGGUUCCUCCUAUUUCACCUGGAAUCCUGAAGUUGACUGCAGAAAAAACAGAUAUUUAUCAGAGACUUGCAAAUGUGCUGUGGAAUCAGUUGAACAAGGAGAGGAGAGAGCAUCAUGUGAUUUGUGUAGAACUCUUCUUCAAACUCCAUUGUUUAGCUCCAUCCGCAAACAUAUGUGAGGACAUUAUAUGCCAGUCACUGCUUCAUAGAGAUAAGGGAACCAGACUUGAAGCCCUCUUCAGAUUCUCUGUCGUGUGGCAUUUAACAAGAGAAAUCCAUGGCAACAGAACCACAUCUCCUAGCCGUUCCUUUGACAGGUCGCUGUUUGUGGUACUAGACAGCUUGAAUUGCACAGAUGGUGCUAUCAGUGCAGCAGCUCAAGGCUGGUUAGUGCGGGCACUGUCUCUCAGUGAUGUUGUUCGAAUUCUUGAGCCAAUAUUGCUACUGUUACUUCACCCAAAGACUCAGCGCACUUCCAUUCAGUGCUUCAAACAGAAUGGCACAGCAGAGCUCCUCCAUUUGAGUAGUGAACAUCGAUCUUAUUCCAAAGAAUCCAUUCAUUCCAAAGAGUCAAAUGAAAGUAGUUCUGAAGGGAAUCUUGUUUCCAGCCAGUUUACCACCAUGGACAGAGAAGCACUUUGGGCAGAGGUAGAAGGAAACUCUGAAAGAUUACCUCUGAAAAAGGUAUACUCUAGUAAUACAGAAGAUAGCUCCCAACAAGAGGAAAUCCCAUAUUAUACAAAAAGAGAUGACCAAGAUAUCAGUGAGCACACAGAAUCUGCUGAUACCAGUAUUAGUCCAGUUUCCACAGAAAAUUCAUCUUCAGCAGUGUCUCCUGAUAUUCAAGAGAUGCAGUACAGUAGAGAGAAAUAUGGAGUGUCCUUGAAUGAAAAAGAUGUUCUUCAAAAUGAAUCCAGACCUGGGCUUAUAACAAGUGAUGCUUCUGGUAGGCCCCAGAAGUUAGACCUCAAGCGCAUGGAUUCUGAAAGAACACAAGCAUCAGAGUCCCUUACUAGUGAUGAAGAAGAAGAAAUUGAUUUAGAACUUCAAGCAAUUGCUACUGCUAGAUUUGAAAAGCAGAGGAAGGAAAAGAAGGAAAUGGUAGAUGCUCUAUUUAAGCACGUACUGUUAUAUUUCCAACCUUAUGAUUCCAAGAGGGUUUUGUAUGCUUUCUCCAUGUUGGAGGCAGUGCUAAAAAAUAACCCCAAAGAGUUUAUAGAAGCAGUUUCAACUACAAGCAUGGACACUAGUUCCACAGCUCAUCUGAACCUAAUUUACAACCUCAUAGCUCGCCAUCAGUCUGCACUUAUAGGGGAGAGUUUUUACGGUAAGCUUCAGACUCAGCUGCCAACUAUGUGUCCUCACUCUUUAUUGAUUGAGCUGCUUACAUAUCUGUGUCUGAGCUUUUUACGGUCAUAUUACCCUAGUCAUCUAAAUAUCAGCUACAGAGAUGUGCUCGGCAACAGGGAUGUCCAAGUUAAAAGUGUGGAAGUCUUGAUUAGGAUAAUGACACAACUAGUUGUCAUGGCAAAAUCAUCUGAUUCUAAGAACACUGAUAUCAUUAAUAAUUUGCUGACAAGAUGCAAAGUUCAAGAAUUUGUUCUACUUUCCUUGUCUGCUUCAAUGUAUGCUAGCCAGAAGCGGUAUGAACUAACAUCACCCAACCGGAAAGAAGACGCUAUUGAGGAAGGCAUUUUGGAGGAGAGUCUUAUCAGCUUCAAUCAAGACCAUAUUUGGAGUGAACACCCACUUCAGAUUGAGUUAUUGAAGCUCUUACAGGUUUUAAUUGUGCUAGAAUUCCACCUGGGAAACACAGUGGAAGAGCAAGAGAGCUUUUUAGAUCUUGCUAAGAAAUGGCAACAGAGUAUCAGUUUCCAGCAGUCUAUAAAUGCCAUUCAGUAUGUGCAGUCUCAGCCAAUAACCUCACAGGGAAUGUUUGUAUCAGCAGUGUUUAAAUCCCUGCAGCCAACUUAUGGCUAUGGUAUGCAUCCCCCUUGGGUGAGCCUGCUCACAUCCUCCUUACCGUACCAGGGAAAAUCUUUGGGAUUGGUUGUGGCACCAUUUAUUGUACAGAUAUGUAGCAAUUUGGAUGAUCUGGUCAAGCAAUAUGAAUGUGAUUCCAUGAAGAUGUCAGUCAGCAUAACAUCCAAACGGGAGAACAUUGCCCCCGACUAUCCACUAACUCUCCUGGAAGGUCUCACAACCAUCUGUCAUUUUUGUCUUUUGGAGAAUCCUGUGAAGACAAAAAAGUCCUUGCCUUCACCUGAUCCUGCCAACCUGAGAAAUGCUAAAAAUUCUAUUCUGGAAAAACUGCCUCAGAUAAUCAGCACUAUGGCUUUUCUGUGGAGUGUGAUAAGAAGAGAAGAAGAUCACAAAAGGCCACCUGAUCUCUUUGGAUCAGCAAAAGGAUCCUCAUCAGUAUACUUCAGAGCCACUAAAACAUUAAAACAAAAAAUUCUUGAAUUUCUAAAUCCCCUUACACCUCAUCUUGGGGUUCAACUAAUGGCUGCUGUGGCAACUGUGUGGAACAGUAAAAAGGGAAAGAAGAGUCAUAAUAAAAGCAAGAUUGUACCUGCCCCUAGUGAGGCGCAACUGACUCUGCAGGAGCUAAUCAAGGCUCUGAGUACACUGAAAACAGACACCGUACUGCAGAUGAUUAAAGAAGUGGUUAGGAAGCCUCCCCAAAUCAAAGGGGAAGAGAAAUCUUCCCUAGUGGAUAUUCCCAUGUUGCAGUUUGCUUAUGCUUUUAUUCAAAGACUUCCAGCUACAGCACUGCAGGAGAAUUUCCCACCUCUUAUGAGCUUAUUAAGGGAGUCUGUUCAGCUGAAUAUGUCACCACCUGGACAUUUUCUCCUUCUUAGUAUACUCAACGAUUUUGUGAGUAGAACACCUAGCCUGGAUAACAAGAAGGAUCAGAGAGACUUACAGGAAGUAACGCAGAAGAUCUUGGAAGCUAUUGGAAAUAUUGCCGGAUCUUCCUUAGAACAGACAAGUUGGCUGAGUAGAAACCUGGAAGUAAAAGCUCAACCUCAGAUUAAUUUUGAAGCAGAAGAUACUGAAGUAGAUACAGAUUUACCUGAUCCUUCCAGUGUGCCAUCUUCUAUGGUGUCUUCCUCAGCUCCCUCUGUGUACAGUGUGCAAGCGCUCACCCAUCUGGCUGAGAUACUUGCUCCCCUCCUUGACAUGGUAUAUCGCAGUGAUGAAAAGGAAAAGGCUGUACCCUUGAUUUCACGAUUGCUGUAUUAUGUUUUCCCAUACCUCAGGAAUCACAGUGCCUACAAUGUUCCAAGUUUUCGAGCUGGUGCCCAGUUGCUUAGCAGUUUAAGUGGAUAUGCAUAUACUAAGAGGGCUUGGAAAAAGGAAGUACUGGACCUGUUUUUAGAUCCACUGUUUUUCCAGAUGGAGAUAGCCUGUGUUGACCAGUGGAAAUCCAUCGUUGAUCAUUUGUUAACUCAUGAAAAGACAAUGUUCAAAGAUUUAAUGAAUAUGCAGAGCAGUUCCCUAAAGCUCUUUGCAAAUUAUGAGCAGAAAGCAAUGCUGCUAAAACGACAGGCCUUUGCCAUCUUUAGUGGAGAGGUUGACCAGUAUCAUCUCUUCCUUCCCCUGAUACAAGAACGGCUAACUGAGAACCUUCGUGUUGGACAGACUCCAGCUGUAGCUGCCCAGAUGUUUCUGUUUUUCAGAGUUCUUCUGCUAAGAAUUUCUCCCCAGCAUCUCACUUCUUUAUGGCCUAUUAUGGUGACUGAGAUGAUUCAUGCAUUUUUGCAGCUGGAAGAAGAUUUAACUGAAGAGGACCAUUCAAAGAAUGCAAGUAAAACAUCAAAACAAAAGAGUGCUGCUCCAGAUGGAAAUUGUCCCACAAUGCAGCAAUGCGAUCUUGACUUGUAUCUAUCUGCAUGUAAAUUCUUGGAUGCCGCACUCUCUUUCCCACCUGAGAAGAUGCCUCUGUUUCAGAUGUACAGAUGGGCUUUUGUCCCAGAAGUGGAUACAGAUGCUUAUAGCACUCAUGCAGACCUAGUGGAAAAUCACCAGGAAUGUAAACCACAUGUCAUCAGAAUUUUGGAACUUCUUAAACAGAAACAUGGAGAAAUAAAACAAUCCGAUAUGAACAAGUCUUCAAAGAUGCUCAGAUUUCCUCUCCUUAAUGAACGUUCCAUACCCAGAAUCACUCAUUUACUACCUUUCUUCAAAACUCUGAGUAGUGUCUUCAUGGCUCAAGCUAACAAGUCAUUGAACCCUCAUAAUGUGUCCAUUCCAUCUGUUGAAUAUCCUCCUGUAGACAGCAAAGAACUUUUAUGUCGAUUGGAGGAAAACAUAGAGUGUGAUUUACUGGAAAACGUGGAUAUCUGAAGUAUUCCAUAAUCAUUAUUAGCUCUGUUGCAAUAUUUGCACAGUUGAGAGUGAGCUGUAACUAGCACUACUGGUACAUCAAUUUUAUAAAGAGUUAUUUGCUGGACUGAAUACUGAGUACACCAUCCAAAUGUAAAGUAGCUUCACUCUAUGGUGAGAUGAUAUUCUUACUGCUCCUUUGUAAGGGAAGUCUGCUAUCAGGAUGCUUUACGUCUGAAUUUCUGUCAAGAAAGUAGUCCUUGGAAAAAGAAAAGUAUGCUUUACCUGUAUCCUGUAGAAAUAGAAAAGCAGGCGGUUCAUAUAAGUGCAUGCAAACCUCAUACUGUGGAAUUAAUGGCAGCUUAGAAUUGCUUAGAUGGGUGAAUAUGCCAUGACAUUUGAUUUAAUAAUGUGUACAGUAAUCAUAAUUGCAUUCAUUAGUUCCUAAUUUUGGAACUAGUAUUUAUGUUGCUGAAAUCUAAACUGUAACCUAACAGGUUGUUGGUCUUUGUGUUGCUUUGUCAAUGAGGAAAAAAACAUUUUUGUACAUGCUGUUGCAUUCAUUGUAGUGAGACACAAGUGUGAACUCUGCUAAUACUGCAGUAGUGAAAAGUUGAAACUUCAUAAUAACAUUCUUUGUUAUAGGAAACCCAUGGUGAGCACAUAGACGAGCAUUCCUAGGCAGGCUUUCAUACUUUAAAUCACCAAACAGUUCAUUAGUUUGAUUUCAGUUCUUAUCCUAUAGUUUCUUAAAAUAAAUGACAAAAAUAGCUCGCAGCAUUACAGCCGUCAGACCAAGGAAGACAUGUUUCAGUAAUUUCUCUAGGAUGAUAAGCCUUUUUAAUGUGAAAGGUAGUUUGAUUUUCAUUCAUUGAAUGUAUUUUGUUCUGUGCAUGAUCAUUAUUGAGGACACCAGUAACCAUUGCUGCAGUCAGAAGCAAGACAUAUAUAACUUGGGUGGAUUAUUCAAACUAAAACAGCUGGAAACAGUAUAUUACAGGUAUUCAGCAUAUGUUUAUUAUUCAUGUAAAGAUACCUGAGUGGAGAACUAGAAGGAAUAAAUAGUCUAUGAAAAUACAGUGUGCCCUGAAGAUGAAGUCCCAUUAUGGCAUUUCUUACACAUUGAAGCAGAUUCCAGAUUCUGUACCAAAUGUCAUAAGAAAUGUUCUGUAUAUUGGUUGUCUGCAUUUCUCUCUUAUGUUACAUGUUAAAUUGCAAGACUGAAUUAGGUAAUAUUGUUAAGUUUGCACAGCAGCUGUCUAUGCAGUUCUGGAUUAUUCACUAUUCUUUGUAAACAAAACAUAUAACCAGCAUUUUGCAUCCAUUUAUUAGCAGCAAAAUUACUCUAAAUUUUUUGUGACUAAGUUAAUAAUCACAAGCUUUCACCUGAAUGCAAUUAAUGCAAGUUACUCUUUCAGUCUUCAAACAAGAUUCAUUUCAUUCCCAUGUAGAUUUUGUUAACAACUGGAAACAGGUAUAACUGACCACUGGCUCAUAAACCAAAACAAAUCAGUAUACUAAAUGCAUUGUCUACAGUAAACAUUUUUAUGCAGUAUAGACAUUAUUGCAGUAUUGUUUAAUUGAAUUUUAAUGCCACGGCAAAAUAACCAUCCUUCUGUUAUUUCCUUACACUCCAUCUUCCUUUGUAGAGAUACCAGUUUGUUAAGUAUGUUGUCAGUGAUAUAAUUUGGUUUCAUUAGCCUAUUUACUUUAAGCUGCUGUUUGUACUGUUGCUAAUUUUUUGUAGUUUGUUGUAAAUUGUGUGGUCCAAUAUGCACGCCGCAGAAGUCAGCUUUACAGGUAACAAACACCCUUGAGGAAGUAAAGGGCUGUGCAAUUGCUGAUUUUGAGCUAUACUUGCAGAAUUGUGGGGUGAUUUCCUUGUUAAUACAGAUUGCCAGUUUUGUACCUCAUAUGGAGAAUGUUUUUCAAGUGCUGUCAUGGCAUUACAUUUUCCAGCACAUUAAAUACACAUCAAAAAAUGAAACAGGAAAAUCAGGCACAUUUGAUAGUGGUGAUACGCAUUCUCAUGUCAGAUGGAUUUGAAAGUGAUGAAUGUCCCUGCAUCAAUCUACUAUGCUAUUUGCACUGUUAACUUUAUUUCCCUUGUAGACUGUAACACCGUAUUUCAUCUCAAAACAACAGAUACAGAUGCGGGCUUUAUUUUUUGCUACAGAUUAUUUCAGUUCUGCUGAGUACAGUCUUGUAUCAGGAUUUUGACUGGAAGCUAUAGAAUGCAGGUAGCAUGUUACUCUUUUAGGCAUGGACAAUAGAGUAUAUUUGUACUAGGAGCCUGCCAGCACCACCACAGUGUUAAGGGUAUAGUUCUGUUGUGCCAUAGAGCUACACUACUAUAGUAUGCCCACCUGUUUGUACUAAGCUUGCUGUAUCUUGUAUGGAAACUAUGGCCUGGCAGUUAACAUAGAGGAUUAAAUGGUUCAAGCUGUUAACAAGCGGCAUCCUGUAGCCCAGGAUUUGAUUUUCUCAGCCUCCAUUUCCAUCUCAUGUGACUCUGAGCAAGUCACUUAACCAGACAGUACUCUGGGGCAAUUGGGAAAAUUGGACUAGGCUCCUCAUUUGUCAUCUGGACCCCUUGCUUAUUAACUAAUUAUAAAUGCUAUGGUGGGCUUAACAAGUCAGACCUUUAGACAGCAUUAGUUUUAAAUGGGCCUGCACGAUCCAGUGAUACCAUUAGAUAUCACCCUAGCAAGUACGAAUGUAACUUUAAUUCUUUAAUUGUAACCUGCCCAAACAGUGCUUUUAUGGUUGUGUUGCAUUUAAGCUUCAGCUCUUAUCUUUCUGCACUUGGUGCAGGAAAUAAUUGUCUGGCAAAGUCAUGCUAAAACAGUAGUUGUACUGCCCCUCAACGUCAUUGUCUGGGUUUCAAUCCUGGCCUCUGAAAACUGUCUUGAUGUAGCUUGAUUGCUUGCUCUCCACACAUCUACAAAGCUCUUUUGGGCCUUCUUUAGAUACUUCCGCUUCCUUUCAUCUCAUUAAGACAUGCUCUUUGUAGUUGACUGUCUACCCUAAUAAAUUCCUCUUGCAUUGUAUUGUGGAACUUUCCUGGGUCUUCCUUGUAUGUUAUCCUUCAACAUGGUGGGAUCAGUUCAAUUAAGCAAACAAAGUUUAGGUUCUUCAAUAUACACUUUCUUGACAUCUAGUUGCCUGACAUGAUCAAUAUUUUAACUACAUUGCUGUUGUGUCAUAUUUCUUAAUAUUUAGCUAAGUUGUGGGAUUGGAUAGGCUGAAAUCACCCACAUAAAAGUACAAACACCAGUCCAUUUUAUGCAGGGUUGUUGGCACACUGCUUCUCUGUAUUGUGUGGCAGGAUAUAAUUGUACUCGUGAAUUCCAAAUUAUUGUGUUGCAGUCAGUUAUGAUUUAUAAACUAAGGACUGUGGCUGUAUUGUGAGACAAGAACCAGAAAUACACUCUGCAAUGGAUUAGAACAGGCAAAAGUGCCAUUUACAAAUAGCAGUAUUUACACUCAGGUAACUAAAAUAAUGCAGCUUAACAUACUGGAAAGGCAAACUUUCAUCUCACAUGAAGGCUUUAUCAAAUAGUCAUACAUUAGACCAGUCAAAACUACCUCACUAAAUGCAUAGAGGUAUGAAAUUAGUAAUAUCAUUAAAACUGAGGUCUUGGACCUUAACAGCAAUAAGAGAUUCCAUAAAGAAUAUACAUCAUGUAGUGUGCAAGUGACAACCUUGCAUAUUAAAUACCUUUCAAAAAGUUUUAUAAAUUUAGUAGUUUUAUCUGUAAUUUAUUUUACUUUUCUUAAGCAUCUUUUUUCUUUUCUUUCCUUUCCUUCUUUCUUUUUCCAAAAAUAGGCUUAGUGGAAAUGUCUUCUUCAAGUCCCAUGUCCAAGUAUGAGCUCUGCUGGCAUUACCAUUCAUUUUCCUUCAGUAACGGCAUUUUUUAUCACCUCCUUAGCUAUUUUAUCUGUCACAUCAAUAAAAAGAUACUUAAGGUAUAUUUGAUAUCAUUAUUAGUCAUAAUGUGUUUGAUAAUGCUUUAACUACUUCUGGUUUUAUAUGACAUAACAAUGUUCCUUGAUGUGCUAUGUGAAAUGCCAUUCUAUAAUGACUUGCAUCAGUAUUUACCUUCAUAACAUUUAAGUUGUUGAAUAGAUGGCAAAGCAAUUAAUAUAGAUUUUUUUCACUACUGGAAAUGAUUAAUCAUAUCAGUUUACAUUUUACCACAACAUAUACUACACCCAUUGCAUGUGAAGAAUACUUUUCUUAUUGAACACCUUUGUUACAUGUAUUCACUAUACUAAAUGCCAGCUUGUCCUUAGUAUUCUGGCCCCUUCACACAGCGAAAUUAAGGUAUGUACUCCAAAUACCAGAAACCUGACCCGAUUUUAAAAACUGCAAUUAUUUAUUGAAACACUUAUUAUCACUGUGUUUUAAUUAGUUUUCAAUUAAAGCGAAUGAUGCAGUGUUACCAAUAUGCAUAUUACUAAAUGCAUUCCUUUCCACAUUUGCAGUAACCUACAACAUUUCUACAUUCUGAUGUGGAUUUAAUGUAAAUAUGGUGAAGCUAUAAUUCUUUAAGUUCUUUAUUUUGUCCUUAGACAUGCGUAGUUUUUUUUUCUGUGUCCUUUUCCCUCUUCAUAUUGUUCUCAAGACCAUUAAUUUCCUAGGGAUGGAGAAUCUUUCUCUCAGAUCCACUAAGGUCAGAGUUAUCCAUCAGGGCCAUCAUCCAGGUAGACAUUGGGGUGUUUGAUGCUGUCACUGGCAUCUCGGUAGUGAGAGCAUUUUGUAUGAAUGGCCUUAAUCCCUCCCUUGGAUGAUGACAUGGGUACCUAUGUCAUUGUAAGGAUGGCCUGCUCCUUUCUUCUUUGCAAGUGACCAUCAAGGGCUGCCACCACCUGCUUAGGUGUAUUGCCAAUAUUGUCCCUUUACUGUCUCAUACCUACCAACUCCAUCUCUACCCUGUAGUAGAGAUCAUGUCAGGGAAUAGUGGCAAGACUGACCAGUACUCACCCCUUCUCCCCAGCAUGGGCACAUCCAUCCUCAUCCUCUCAGACUGUGCCAUUUAGAUCCCAAGCCACUAGUUGAACUCAGUCAUAGUUAGGACUUUAUCCCUCUAUGCUACUGGCACAGCUUGCCUGAUAUUGGCUUUCCUGGGAUUGUGAGAGUUUGUCAUCAACUUGGUGCAGCCUAACUCAUAAUAUCCUUGUUUGUUAAUAAUUUGUGGCAUUCUAAACAAAUGCCCUUUGUAUAUAUUUUUAAUAGAUUUAUGCUGAAAAUAUUGCCUUUACAAAUAAGUUUUUCUAUUUCUAAUUUAUUUAUUUUUAUAAAUGUGAAACAAUUUUAUUUCUGUAUUUACAAUUGUAUCUAGGAAAUCCAUUUAAUGCAAUCCAGGGCUUGAUUAUGCCUUGUGUCUAUCACUUGCAUGGGUAGGCUGUGCCACCUCUAUGCCCCUGAAUUGGAUAGAACACAUAGGAGGAUGUGUUAAAAAUCUGUUUAUUUCUCUUACUAGUAUAUUAUAAAAUUGACAUUUAAAUCAUUUGUGCUAUCCCAUCAAAUAAUCACAUCAACCACAGAGCAUCUACAAAAUGAUGCAUAUUGUUACUGUGUAUUAACUUCAGUGAUCACUGCUUAAUUCUUCCUGUUGCAUAUACAAAGAAGAUUUGUGGUGGGACAAAAAAAUACCUCCACAGUGGUCUCUUUCCAUCAAAAAUAAAAACAUUGUUUAAAAUAAAUCAGCAAAGAUAACUAAAUUCCCUCCUGUAAUAUUGGAGUAAUCUGUAAGCAUAUCUAAUAGCUAUUCUAAAAGUAAUAAAUAUUUUGUGACAGGACAGUAUUAUUAAAGGUUAUAAUAUCCAUCAUCCCCCCUCCCAAAAAAACACAUUAUCAGUAUUAACCCUUAGAUAAAUAUUCAACAAAUAUCCAAUACUUCCAGUACAUCUUGAUUUUUUUUAUCUGUCAAGUUCUAAACAUUGACUUGCAAAGAAGAAAAAAAAGGCAAUUAGGACUUCAGCUAUGUUUUCUCAAAUUUUUUAAACAAAGAAUAUCUUUACUUCUGAUAGAUGUUACCAGAACAAAUGACCGCAGAGGUAGUGAUCCUGUGACAUCCACAUGCACUUGUGUAUAUAUGUUACACUAGGAGAAUUAAAUAGUCUUUCCCAGAAACCUAGUCACAUUUGUAAAUUGUUUGUUUUUCUGCAGCUUAGGAAAUCUAUAGUACACAUGUCGAGCCCAACAUAAACUGGAAGCCCUCAGAAGUAGAAUCCCUGUAUUAUUACCAUUACCUGAACACUGUCUUGUGUACAGAGUGCAUGGAAGAUCCCCAUCUUUAAAUAAAAACAAAGACUUCUGAAAUUUAAUGUUCUUGGCGUAUGCAGUUUAUAACAUGUUGCUCAGCAUUACUGAAACAGUAUGUCAUAUUUCAGAAGUCACCAAAUAUUACUACAUCAAUCCAGCAGCCAAAUGCUGGAUAUAUUAACUUUGCAUAUACAAUAGAUGUGAGAGAAGAAAUAAGAUAAAUUUGAAAAACAAGCUAAAUAAUCUAAUUUCUUUGUUUUUGACAUACUUUUCAACCUCUUAGCAAAAGAAAUCUGUACAAAGCCAUAAAUAAUGGGGGAACAAAAGCCCCAAAAUAGGGACAGGUGUUGAAUAUUCUUAUAUAACCAUAGAAAGUUGAUAGAAUAACAGGUUUUGCAUUUGUAUUAAGUUUAUCAAGGGUGUGAAGUCUAAAUCUCAAGAGUCUGCCAUUAUUUUUUUUUAUUUAAUCCUCAGUGAUUUGCUAGAAAACAAAUUUUUUUAUAAGAAACAGACCAAAACUAUGAGGUGAAAAUCUGGACAGCUGAGAGGUAUGCUUUGUUUGAAUUUAAUCUUUAAAUCCAGAAACAGGCAGUAAAAGGGCACAACUGUAUUAUCACAUGCCCAUAAUAAUGUUCCAUAGCAAACCUAUUAAAGUAACCCCCUCAUGGCAAAGAGGCUGCAUUUUUUCAUGAAGUCAUCUUCACCAGAAAGACAGCUUGACAAAAGGCAGUCUCCCAUUCCCACAAAAAAGACUAUAUCUAUACUUUUUGAAGAAAGAUGGUACCUGUCUUUUCAUGCUUUGUUCACAAGUUCAAAGGGAAUCCAGAACACUUAUAAGAAGAGCAGGACAGUCCAACAGAAAAGGAAAUCACCAUUAAGUUACAGUAUUGCCACUUUGUUCUGAGCUAAUUUGAUACUGAUUCAAGUGAGUUGUGAAGUAAUAUAGAAUAAGUGUCUACAACUCCUGUUGCAGCUAGGAAUCCUCCACAGCCUUGUCUUUUUACUGUGCAUCUUAAUAGACUUAUACCCCGUCACACUUUUUAGAUAUCAGAAUGCAAAAUUCUCAUGAUGAUUUUUUUAAAACAUGUUUGUAGCAUAACAGCACUGCAGCUUUUUGUAAACAGCAUUUAUAAUAAGAAUGAUUUUGAUUUUGCAAAACAAAUAUUAGAAUUGUACUGAAAAGGGAUACUGCAGCUUUUUCAAAUGAUACUGCUGCUUAUUACUUUAAUUAAAUUGGAAAAAAUAUUUUGUUUAUAAAACUCACAUUUUAAAAUAGAUCUAAUCCCUGUCUUAUUUGAAUGUAGACUCACAUAUAUGAGACAAAAGUAAAUAUGUAAGUAAAGAUGUAAAAUGUUUACAAACUGGAAAACUGGAAUGUCUGUGACAGUAUGCUUCACAAUGAAAAUUAUUGACAUUAAAUGAGUUAAAACAUGCAUUUCAUUGAACUGAA